AUGGAGUCGCCCGAGGAGGAAAACAAGAAGGCGCCGGUCAGCGACCAGGUACUUGCAGUGGCCGAGCCGUCUUCUUCGGCGUCAUCGUCGCACAAGAACAGCAAGCCCACGCAGCAGCCCACCCACCCGACCAUGACGCUAGAGGAGGUGAUGCACGAGCUGCGCACGAUGCAGGAGCACGAGCACCGCCGGCACAUGCACUUCAUGUCAGUCUACCAACCUGCGAAUCGCAUCGGGCUCAACACGCUGCUCCCGCCGCCCGCCCUGCCCGACAUGGCCCGACGCCUACUGGGCGGCAGCAGCGGGCUGGGCCUGUUCGGCUCCAAGGCCAGAGACAAGCCCAGAGUUUCUACGAGGGAUCUCGUCCGAGAGAUGGACCUGUUCCACGCCGAGGAUUGCUGCAACAAGUCCACGGCCGUCUACGUUCUCCGCCAGCCGGCCCCAGCGUCGAUGGACUCGGGCGUGGCCGAGGCCAGGCUCCGCGUGCUGCUGAUCGUGGUUCACGCCUACCUCUACAAGCGCUGGUUCGAGCCGUACAAGAGCGAGGUCGAGUGGGGCCGCUUCGUAGCCAAGACCAUCGUGCCCGUAAUCGGCGGCGGCAGCGACGACCAGACCCUCGACGUGGGCUCCCCCGAGGCCGACACGGCCGUCGCCCGCCUGCACCAGGCCGUCUGCCUAGCAUCCAACAGGACGCGCCGCCACGUAGCGCGUCGCCACGAGUCUCUUGCCCGCCUCCUGGCGCAGCAGCAGCAGAACUCCCAGCUACAGCUCUCUCAGCCGUCGACCCCACCGAGCCCGCACUGGCUCGAGGGCGACCAGGACCCGGCGGCGCUGGACGGCGACCCCGAAGCCGUCUCGGACCCGGACGACGACGGCGACGAGGAGCAUCUCCACAACGACUGCCACCCGGGCGACGACCGCCAGUUCCGCCGCCAGGUGAUCGAGCGCGGCCUGGAGCCGGCGCGGGCCCUGCUCAACAAGCGCAACUACGUCCUGCAGCCGCUGUUCCGCGCCAUGGCCAUCACCAUCUGCCUCGAAGACCACGACCCGGAGCGCAUGCGCAACGGUGACGGCGACGGCGAUGGCGACGCGGGCGCCAUCCCCGUCCGCAUCGUGCUGUUCGGCGACGAGGACGAGGUGUUUGACGAUGACAACUACUACCACCACCCCGGCGACGACGGCGGCGACGAGGACCAAGACACCAACCCCCGCCUGAGCGCCCCCCUGUCCUUCGACCCCAUCCGCGACAGCGUCCACGACUACCGCGAGGCCGGUGCCGGCGAACACCGCACCCGAUCGGCGGCCACCACGCUCGGCGCGGCCGCCAGCUUCGUGCUGGCCAUGGCGGCGCGCGAGGACGCGGCCCGCGGCGGCCCACGCCCGGACCCGGUAGAGGCCGGCCUGGACGGCGAGGACGGGUGCCUGGUGGGCGCGCGGGCGCUGCGGCGCGAGGCGCGGCGCUGGGGCCAGCCCGACGUCGACGUCGCCGGUCCCAGCUCUUCGUGGGUGGCGGUGGUGGACGACGCGGGCGGCGGCGGCGGCGACGGGGCCGAGCGGCGGCGGCUGGAGCACCACCCAGACCGCGCGCGCGGCGCCGCCUCGGACGACGAGGCGUGGAUGGCCAGGCUCGAGGCGGGUGCCUACGAGAGCCUGCACUGGCGCGAGGGCAAGCUCGCCUUCCCGUCCGUCCCGCCCCGCAAGAAGAAGCGCGAGGCCAAGGAGGAGAGCUGGGUCAAUCUGAGGGACGUUCGGCUGUGGUGA